AUGAACGACUCAUUCACCUAUCACUCUCCGUUUUCGAAGGCUAUCACCAAAUCUCAUUCUCUCUUUUUGCAGCUAAUUGGUCUAUUGAUAUUGUUUCAUUUCUUUGAAAAAGUCUAUACACUCCUUUUAGAAGGCAAAAGAAGAAAAGUGGUGGUGACAUUGGAAGAAGAAAACUCUAUUCCAGAAGCAGAGGCAAAGAUGUUGGGAAUUUUCAAGAACAAUUUGGUCAAUCCACCUGAAGAGCUCAAUAGUCCAGCUUCUUUGAAUUCAUCCACAAAAUCUAAGCUUCCUAAUGAAAUCCUUCAAGGAUUUAUAUCCCACAAUCCCUCCAAUGCUUUCUCCAUGAGCUUUGGAAAUGAUGCUUUACUAGCUUAUUCCCCUUCAAUCAAGGAUCACAGGUUGUUUUGUGGUUUGGAUAACAUGUAUUGUGCUUUCCUGGGUAGCCUCAACAACCUAAACAAUCUCAUCAAGCAGUAUCGUCUAUCAAAGGGAACCAAUGAGGCCAUGUUUAUCAUUGAAGCCUACAGAACACUUCGUGAUAGGGGUCCAUACCCAGCUGAUCAGGUCCUCAAAGAACUUGAUGGCAGUUUUGGAUUUGUGAUCUAUGACAACAAGAAUGGAACAGUUUUUAUUGCAUCGGGUUCUAAUGGACAGAUUGGACUUUUCUGGGGUAUUGCUACUGAUGGUUCUGUAGUUAUUUCUGAGAACUUGGAGCUUAUUAAAGCAAGCUGUGCUAAAUCAUUUGCACCAUUCCCCCCCGGGUGCAUGUUCCAUAGUGGGCAUGGUUUGAUGAGCUAUGAGCAUCCUACAAGGAAGAUGAAACCUAUGCCUAGGAUUGAUAGCGAGGGUGUUAUGUGUGGAGCCAACUUCCAUGUUGACUCCCAAUCAAGGAAGUCAACGAUGCCACGCGUUGGAAGUGAAGCAAAUUGGGCUACUUGGGGCUCACAAGCCUGAUUCAUUCAACCAUGAUCAAAGUGGUGACCCAAAAAAAACAAUGAUCUAAGCAACUUUUUCUUUUCUUUUUUUAUGCCAAAAGUAACGUAAUAUAAUGGGGGUUACUUCUCCUUUUCCUUUUCUUUUUCCUUUUUUUGGAGUUAACUCAAUCCUAAUAGGCGAGUUGGUUUCCCAGUAUCCCCAUAAGCUUCAACUCAACUCACUAUGAGACUAAUUCAGAGUGCGAAGCGAGUCAGCGAUGGGAUUAUUUAGCUAUAUCUGGAUUUAUUUAUUUUUCUUAUAACUUGUUUGUCUCCACCUAAUUGGGACAGGGCUUUGUUAUUGUUUGGUUCCACUGUU